AUUUGCUGAGAAAACACAGAGGCACGGGGGUGCGCGCGCGCGCGCCGCACUGCCGGUGGGUAUAAAAUGCUCGCGCAGAUAGAGAAUGUACAACAGCGAGACCGACGAGCGCGCGGACCUGCACCGGUGCACGGAUGGCAGCGAGUGUAAUCAGAACCCUGAGUGGUUUCGGAGCGAGCCGUCCAGCUCAGACCUGCUUCAUUCCUGCUGAUGAAGAUGAGCUUGAAGACGAAUAUGAAGAGGAGCUGAGGGACGAGGUGGAGGACAGCUUUGAGGAGGAGGAGGAGGAGUUUUCCACAGGUGUCGAGUCUCAGGUCACAGAUGCGUUAGCUUCUGAUCUGUACACUGAGAUGACGGAUCGCUUGCUACGAUUCGCCGAGCUCAUCAGCAGCGACGUGCAGCGUUAUUUCGGACGGAACCAAGACUCGGACACGUGCGAUGUCUACGCAGGAAGGUCGCGUCUUGAGGUCACCGGCCGGCAGCGGUACUAUUCCGACUUCAUUCGAGCGGCAUCAUCGGAUCAGGGAGACGAGCCGGAAAACCUCGGGCCGCUCGCAGAGCUCUUCCAGAACACCCAGGUGAAGAAGCAGGGAUUACCCAUGAUUCAGCGGCGUCUCCCCAGCAGCUUCUGGACUGAGCCUCAUCCUGAACACCUCUGUGUCGGUGCUGAUAUCCAGGAUGUGGGGAUUUGCUCCACAGAAACCAUGAGCAGUAACACCAACAUUCCGGUGAUCAGCCUGAGCAGCUCCAGUACUCCGGACUUCAGCGACUUACUCGCGCACUGGGCUUCAGAGAGAGACAACGCCGGCGAGUUCAGCUGUGAAUACCAGCUUCCUUAGGAGCAGAAAUACACACGAGGACGCAUGAACACACACACACACACACACACACACACACACUAAUACACACAUACACUAAUACACACACACACACAUAUACACAUAGACAUACACACUAAUGCACACACACACUAAUGCACACACAUAUACACAUACACACUAACACACACACACAAACACACACAAAUACAUGCACACAUACAUACACACAAAUACACACAAUACACAAAUACAAACAAUACACAAAUACACACAUACAGUAAUACACACAUACAAAUACACACACACAUACACACACACACAAACAAUAAACAAAUACACACAAUACACAAUGAUGUUCAUCAAAUAAAAAAAUGUAAAUUUGUCAUUCAAAUAUCUUACUGUAAUAAAUGAGACAGUGUGAGAUAGUGUGAGACAAUUUGAGAUAACGUGAGUGUGAGACAGUGUGAGACAGUGUGAGAUAAUGUGAGAUAGUGUGAGACAGUGUGAGGCAGUGUGAGACAGUGUGAGAUAGUGUGAGACAGUGUGAGACAGUGUGAGAUAGUGUGAGACAGUGUGAGGCAGUGUGAGACAGUGUGAGAUAGUGUGAGACAGUGUGAGAUAAUGUGAGAUAGUGUGAGAUAGUGUGAGACAGUGUGAGAUGGUGUGAGACAGUGUGAGACAGUGUGAGAUAGUGUGAGACAGUGUGAGGCAGUGUGAGACAGUGUGAGAUAGU